AUGCCCUUCCUACCAAAGUUGCAUUCAACUUCAUCGAGCAACUCGGUGCUGUCCCCUUCAUCGUCACAUAGAAACACCUCACAUCAUCAUCACCCUUUGAAUAACGUCACAUCAAAUGGUAACAACAAUAUAGACAAGCAUGUUCAGCAUCCUUUAGAAUUGUCAUUAGAUUUGGAAAGCCCCCCUGUUAUCCUUUAUGGUCCUCCUAAUGAAUCAUCUGGCUCUUUGAUCUCUGGUCAAUUACAUAUAGAAAUACCAAAAGAUUCAUUUAUACACCAAUCCCCUGCAAGUGGAACUUCAAGUGUUGGUGGAAACUCAUCAACUAGACCUUCUAAUAAAAGAACACAUUCAGCAAGUGCUCUACAUGCAACUUUAUCAAGUACAUUAUCAAAUUUGAAUCUAAGUCCUUCACAUUCAAGAGAUGUUUCACCAGUCCAUUCAAAUAACAAUUCCUAUACAAAUUUAGCUGGGUUGAUGAAUGUUAAAGAUCAUGUCUUGGUUAAUUCUGUUCAAUUGUCAUUAGUACAAAAGAUAACAUAUGCAAAGCCUUUCUUACCACCAUCAAACACUUUAGCAAAUUGUUCAAGUUGUAAAAAAAAAUCAACUGAAUUGGCAAGAUGGGAUAUUUUAACUCAAGCUCACAAUUUACCUAUUGGGAAACAUUCUUAUCCAUUUUCUCAUUUAUUACCUGGGAACUUACCUGCAACUACAACUUUAGGUUCAAGUUCUUUAACUUCAAUUAAAUAUGAAAUGGUUGCAAUUUGUUCAUAUAAUAAUCAUUCAAAUCAUCAAUCAAUGAUCAAGAUAACAUUACCAUUAAACAUUUCGAGAUCUAUACUGAGAGGUCCUGAUAGAAAUUCUUUAAGAGUUUUCCCUCCAACUGACGUUACUGCCACUGCUGUUUUACCAAAUGUUGUUUAUCCAAAAUCUUCGUUUGCCCUGGAAUUAAAAUUAGAUGGUGUUGCUUCAAAUGAUAGAAGAUGGAGAAUGAGAAGAGUUGGUUGGAGAAUUGAAGAAAAUAUAAAGAUAAGGGCAAAUGCUUGUAUAAAUCACAAGGCAAAAUUAAGAGUUGUUGAAGAACAUACACGGAAAAAUCAAUUGGCUAAUAAACCUGCCACUGUUAAAAGAAAUCAACAAUCUGGUCCAACAACUUCAGUUUCAGUUUCAAAUACUCCAAACUUAUCACCAAAUCUGACACCAUCUCAAUCAAACGCUAACCUGACAGCUACUGCUACAACUCCUGCAAAUGAUGCUAUUGCACCAACAAAUUCAAAUGAUGAUAUAGCAAGCAUUCAUACAACUAAUCCAAAUCUACAUCCAAGUGAUCAUGCAAAUGAAGAAAUACGACAACAACAGCAAUCUACUCAACAGCAACAACAACAAAAGGCUAAAGAUGAAUAUGCAUUGUAUUCAGAUGAAACUAGAACUGUUGCAUCUGGUGAUUUAAGAAAUGGUUGGAAAUCUGAUUUCUCUGGAAAGGGUAAAAUUGAAUUAAUUGCAGAUAUAUCAUGUUUUAAUUUAACAAGUGCUGCUGGACCUCAUCUUACCCAUGUUUCAUCAAAGGAACCUUUAGAUACUCAACAUCCUCAUCAUCAUGCAAAUGUUAGUUGUGAUAUUGAUGAUCCAAUAUUGGGUGUUACAGUUAAUCAUGUUUUGAUUGUAGAGGUUGUUGUUGCUGAAGAAUUAUUACAAAAUUCAUCUUCAAAUUCAUUAUCUGCUACAACAAGUCAUAAAGAUAGUAAUAAAGAUAAAAAUUCAGAUGGUACUAAACCUGAUCAAAGAUUAGCUGAAUUAUCACCAAUGUUUGCAAAUCAUAUAAAGCCAACACAAACUUCAGAUUCUUUACACUCUACAAGAUCAAAUCAAUCACAUCAUCAACAACAAAUUGGUGUUCCAACAGGUGCUGCUAGAGUCUUGAGAAUGCAAUUCAAAUUAAUAGUUACAGAAAGAUCAGGUUUAGGUAUAGCUUGGGAUGACGAAGUUCCACCAACUUAUGAAGAUGUUAGUGCAUUAUCACCACCAACUUAUGAUCGUACAGUUAUUGAAGAUGAUGUCAAUUCACCUGGGAAUGAUGGUAAUAAUCCACCACUAUAUCCAUUAAGUUUUGCUCCUGCAGCUCAUACACAUACACAUAUUGGUGGAGUUAGCACUCCAGGUGUCAUUAAUGGGAUUGGUAGUACUCCAGGCAUAACACCAAGACCAAGUGGACAAUAUCAUAGUAUAAAUGGUGCAUUAGAUAUGGAUGAUUUUACACUGGGUUGA